UUAUUGUUAUUUGUUAUUAUUUUUUUUAUAAUGAAUUAAUGACUAGUGAGUAGUGACUACCUGCAAGUGCCUACAAAAGUACAAACUUUAAAGUUGUACUAGUUAUAGUAGGUACUAUUAUAACUAGAGGUUAUUUAAAUGUAAGUGAUCACUCGAUUUUAAGUAUUGCAAGAAUAUUAUGUUUUUAAUAGUCUGGUGGAAGUGUUUCUCCGAAGAAAGUUUUUAGAUAUCAAUCGUUCAACAGUUCAAAUCUUAGACUGUUAACGGYCCGUCAGUAAUAGGUAUGGCUGGCAAGUCGACGGAACCUGAAUCGCCAAAGAAAAACGAAAAUUUCGAUAAAUUUUAUACAGAAGUAAAAGAAAUAGAAAAACGUGACUCUGUGUUGACGUCUAAACAACAGAUUGAUAGGCUCCUGCGCCCCGGAGCCUCAUAUUUCAAUCUUAAUCCUUAUGAAGUACUCCAGCUAGACCAUGACACACCUUUGGACGAGGCAAAAAGAAAAUAUAAAAGAUUGUCUAUUUUGGUGCAUCCAGACAAAAACCAAGAUGAUCUAGAAAGAGCAAACAAUGCUUUUGAGACUGUUAACCGUGCAUGGCGGACAAUCGAUAAUGAUGAAUCACGAAAAAAAUGUCUAGAGAUCAUACAGGAAGCCAAGGACAUGACUGAAUUCAUGGUUGUAGAGAAACGUAAAAAAUUGAAAAAAGAAGGCAAAGAUACUAAAGUUGAAGAAGACGACCCAGCUGUUAUGAAACGUAGUAUUUAUGUUCAAACAUGUAAAUUGUUUGCUGAUCUAGAACGCAAAAGGAAAGAUCACGAAGCGAGAGAAUUACAAGAAAGAAAACGGAAACGGGAACAAGAAAUAGAUGAAGAGCAAAAAGCAACUAUGUCAAAAGAAUGGCAAAAAAACUUUGAUGUGAGU